AUGGCGGGUGAGAACUCUAUCAUAUGUGUGCUUCAGGUGAACUGUGAUAUUGCGGAAAUAUUAACUUCGAACCUGAACCUUAGCCUGUUUGUCUUUCCAUCCAUCGGUCAGCCGGACACAAAUACCCAAUGCGUCAAAGUCUCCUACGCAGGCAAUACAGAGCCUGCGACAGAAUCAACCGUUUGUGGGGAGGAAGGACAGAAUAUGUUCACUGCAGACGCCGGUAAGAACAUCUCAGUCACAUAUAAGGGUCCUAAUAAGGCUACGAAAGCCGCAAUCAAAAACUUCCGGAUGUACUAUCAACUUGUGAACGAUAACAGAUGUGCCGAUACGCCCAAUCCACCGACGGAUAAAACCCAAUCGUUCAGUGUGGCGAAAUCCGUAGACACCAUUCCGACUGGUUUGCUAUGCUCCUGGAAUAUGCCGACCACCAGUGGGAAAAAGAUACGUGUGACGUUGGAUGUCGAUUCGACUAAAACGGAAAAUCAAUGUGUGACGGUUGCUGACGCGGACAAAACCAAAACCUCACUUAUCUGUGGUAAAGAACAGGAGAACACUUACGUUUCAUCUGGCAAAGACGUGGUUAUCACCUACGGCGAACAAGACACAGGAAAGACUGCGGUGGCUAACUUCAAAAUUCAUUAUCAAUUUGGUAAGUUGUCCUGA